AACGUGUUUACUAGAAGCUUCUCGAGGAUGUGCAGAAGUCAUCGGAUGGCUGCAGGGUCUUGUGUGUCUUUCCCAGUGAUGACAUAGAAGGGGAAUCCUUUUAGGAAAUACAAGAAACAUCAGUUCUACAGAAAAAUGGCCGUCAGUGCACACAUUGGAUGAAACAACCUCCGGAAUUCCUAAAGGCUGUUUAACAGUAGGAAGUCUGAACAACACGAGUACUGUACUAGUGGGUUGUAUAUAACGAUGGAUUAUUUGCUAGAAAAUAUUCUAGUUCUACUUAUGGCAAGUUUCCCCAUCUGUAUAUACACCUAUUCCAAUGGGCAAGUUACAGCGUCAUGUGACUCAAUGACUCCGAAUCAUAGGGUUUCCUCCCAAACUUCCAGCCCACCUUACACCUUAUCACUGGAUAAAUCCACCUAUAGUGCUGGGGACAACAUAAAAGUCACUCUCAGCAGCGGUGGCGGUGCGACACUAUUCAAAGGUUUUCUGAUCCAGGCCCGCUCGGGGAGCUCCACUACUCCUGUUGGUUCCUUUGUGACCAACAAUUCUAACACCCAAACCCUGACGUGUACGUCUGCUGCGAGCUCCGUGAGUCACACAUCAAGUAGUGGAAAGUCCAGCAUAGAUGUUACUUGGGUCGCUCCGGCCUCCAGCAGUGCAGAUAUUCAAAUCAGGGCAACCGUUGUCCAAACUGAAAGGGUGUUCUGGACAAAUGUUAUAAGUGCAAACAUUGCAUAUGUGUCUACAAGUAACACUUCAACCAGCAAAACGAAAGCUUCAACAGGAACAAUCCCACCUACGUCCAAACCAACAAGCUCCAAUCCAACAGCCUCCAAACCAACAAGUUCCAAUCCAACAGCCUCUAAACCAACAAGCUCCAAUCCAACAGACCCCAAACCAACAAGCUCCAAUCCAACAGACCCCAAACCAACAAGCUCCAAUCCAACAGCUUCCAAACCAACAAGCCCCAAUCCAACAGCUUCCAAACCAACAAAUUCCAAUCCAACAGACCCCAAACCAACAAGCUCCAAUCCAACAGCCUACAAACCAACAAGCUCCAAUCCAACAGCUUCCAAACCAACAAGUUCCAAUCCAACAGACCCCAAACCAACAAGCUCCAAUCCAACAGCCUCCAAACCAACAAGCUCCAAUCCAACAGACCCCAAACCAACAAGCUCCAAUCCAACAAACCCCAAACCAACAAGUCCCAAUCCAACAGACCCCAAACCAACAAGUUCCAAUCCAACAGACCCCAAACCAACAAGCUCCAAUCCAACAGACCCCAAACCAACAAGCUCCAAUCCAACAGCUUCCAAACCAACAAGCCCCAAUCCAACAGCUUCCAAACCAACAAAUUCCAAUCCAACAGCCUCCAAACCAACAAGUUCCAAUCCAACAGAUCCCAAAUCAACAAGCUCCAAUCCAACGGAUCCCAAACCAACAGCCUCAAAAAUGAGUAUGGCCAACAGUGGAGUCCAACAUACUUGGAGCCAUGGAGGAUCGUUCUUAUUGUGUGGUCUCAUGGUGGCUUCUCUUCUGGUCUGAUGACAUUCUGAGACUUAAUAAAUCUUGAGAGAUGCGACCCAUGACGUCUGGCAUUCUGAGAAUAAUUGAUGCACUUUUGACAAUAUUAUAUACGUCUAAAAGAAAGAAACUUGUGCUUAGAUGUGAUAUAAACAUCCUAAAUAAAUAAAAUAUAUAAGAAGAAUACUACAACAUGUAUAUAGAACUAUUAAGCACCUUGCUUAAAGGGGUACUCCACUGGAAAACAUUU